ACGCAGAGUCCAUCAACUGAGUUGCAGUUUUGCGUAAAGUGAAACAAAAGCGUUCGAUUUGAACAUUUUUAUAUUGAUUUUUUACUAUUAAAAGUACUUCUAACUUAAAGAAAUGGCCGAAGAAGCUGGAGAUGACUCUCUGUACCCGAUUGCGGUCCUAAUUGACGAAUUACGUAAUGAAGACGUCCAACUACAAUUAAAUAGUAUGCGGAAGCUAUCUACAAUAGCACUGGCACUUGGAGUUGAAAGAACAAGAUCGGAGCUCAUCCCAUUCCUUACAGACUCCAUGUGCGACGAAGAUGAAGUGUUGCUUGCUCUGGCCGAACAACUCGGUUCAUUCACACCGCUUGUUGGCGGUAACAGCUUCGCCCAUUGCUUACUCCCACCACUAGAGAGUCUUUCUACAGUUGAAGAAACCGUAGUAAGAGAUAAAGCUGUUGAUUCUCUCCGUUCUGUUGCUAAUGAUCAUAGUGCAAAUGAUUUGGAAGCUUACAUGAUCCCAUUAAUAAAGCGUUUAGCAACUGGUGAUUGGUUUACAUCUCGUACCUCUGCGUGUGGGCUGUUUAGCGUCGUCUACCCUCGUGUGUCUAGCGCCCUCAAGCAAGAGUUACGCACCAUGUUCCGGAAUCUUUGCGGCGACGACACUCCAAUGGUCCGACGGGCAGCUGCUUCAAAACUUGGAGAGUUCGCCAAAGUUGUUGAGCGUGAACAAGUCACUUCAGAUUUAAUUCCACUCCUGCAUAACUUGGCAAGCGAUGAACAAGACUCAGUGAGGUUGCUUUCUGUGGAUGGGUGUGUUACAAUGGCUGACUUGCUCAACGAAAGUGAAUGUGAGCAGUAUCUUCUUGGUACAAUCCGUGAAGCAGCAGCAGACAAGUCCUGGCGAGUGAGAUAUAUGCUGGCUGAUAAAUUCACCUUGUUACAAAAAGCAGUUGGUCCUCAACUGACACACCAACAUUUGGUCCCAGCUUUCCAGGCUUUACUCAAAGAUUGUGAGGCUGAAGUGCGUGCUGCUGUCGCUUACAAAGUGAAAUCUUUCUGUGAGAACCUUCAAGUUGAUAAGAGAGAACAGGUGAUCAUGAACAGCAUACUUCCUCAUGUAAAGGAGCUUGUCACUGAUGCAAAUCAGCACGUGAAGUCUGCUCUUGCUUCAGUCAUCAUGGGCCUGUCUCCAGUGCUUGGUAAAGACAACACGAUUGAGCAUCUUCUUCCACUCUUCCUCACUCAAUUGAAGGAUGAAUGUCCAGAUGUUCGUCUGAACAUCAUUUCCAACAUCGACUGCGUGAACGAGGUCAUCGGAAUCGACCAGUUAUCUCAAUCCCUGCUUCCAGCUAUCGUGGAACUUGCAGAGGAUGGAAAAUGGAGAGUUCGCCUCGCGAUUAUCGAGCACAUGCCUCUUCUUGCAGCACAAUUGGGCCAGCAGUUCUUUGACGACAAAUUGAAUGAGCUUUGCAUGCAGUGGUUGGUUGAUCAUGUGUUUGCAAUCCGAGAAGCCGCGACCACGAACCUGAGAAAACUUGUUGAAGCUUUUGGAGUGAAUUGGGCUAAAGACACAGUUGUGCCGAAAAUCCUCAACUUGGCUCAAGAUCAAAACUAUCUUCGAAGAAUGACAACAAUCUUCUGUGUGAACGAAUUGGCAACUGCUCUUUCAGGGGAACUGUUGACGAAACUAAUUCUCCCAACCAUUAUCCGGCUCUCCACCGAUAACGUCGCUAAUGUCCGUUUCAAUGUUUGCAAAUGCAUGGAGAGAGUUGGCUUACAAUUAGAUGGUACAAGUCUCAGUACUGAAGUGAAACCAAUGCUACAACGCCUCACCCAUGACAAGGAUGUUGACGUCCAGUUCUUUGCACAGCGAGCCCUACAGACAUUGGCUUGAUUCUACAGAAUAGGUCAAAUGGAUACAUCUAGACACUAGACAUAUUGAGUAUAUUUUCCUUCAUGCUGUUACCCCUUUAAAUUCUCAUACAAAUAAAUUAGAGUUUUGCUUCAAACUGUUGUAAACUAGAAUAUAGUUGGCAUUCAUUAAAAUUCAUUCUGGCGCAUUUAGAAUUCUUUCACGCUUAGUUGUUUCUUUUAUUGUUGUAAAUACUUAAAGUUCGAUGUACUUGGUUCAUUCUGGUCCACUUGUAAUUGUAUUUCCUGUUUCCUUAUCUGUUCUAAAGUGUUUAAACAACCAUAUCGGUAAGAUCAUACUGUUUAUGAACGAAUAAAACAUAAAAUUGUUAAAAUUCUAAUUUAAAAAAAAAAGAUUUUAUUAAAUGAUUUUUUGUGCCAGUUUUUGUCUUUCGUCAUAUUCACCUGCACCAGUAAUACACCAACGUGAUUAAAAUCUGAGUGAAAAACAUGAAUCAACACUUGCCGUACAUAACUUAAUGCUGUAAUUGUGUCCAAUUAUUAGAA